CGUGCGUGUGCGUCUUGGUGACUUGGUGUACUCUACUACGGUGGUGGUAUAGCGCGAGACAGAAUAGAGAGAGCGAUAUGGGGAGCGGCGGGUUGUUGUUGCCGACGGUGGUGAUGCUGGCGCUCAACGUGUUGUCGGCGGUGAUGGUGGCGCUGGUGAAGGUGGCCAUGGCCGGCGGCCUCGACCCGCUCGUGCUCGUCACGCUGCAGCAGCUCGCCGCCGCCAUCUUCCUCGGCCCCAUCGCGCACUUCACAGAGGGCAAGUCGAGGCCCAAGAUGACGCUCGAGAUCUUCGCCUACCUCUUCGUCAGCGCCGCGCUCGGGGCAGCGAUGAGGCAGUACAUGGUCUUCGUGGGGCUGCGCUACACCACGGCGACCUUCGUCAGCGCCUUUUCCAACAUCGCGCCCGUGCUCACCUUCGUGCUCGCCGUCGCCACCCGCGCCGAGUCGCUCCACCUCAGGUCCGCCACCGGCGCCGCCAAGCUCGCCGGCACGCUCGUCUCGCUCGCCGGCGCCAUGCUGCUCACCUUCUACAGAGGCGUGGCCCUCACCCACCCAAACAGCGCCCACCAGCUCCACCGCUCCCCUUCAUCCCCGCUGUCGCCAGGAGCGGACUCCGGCAGGCGGUGGACGCUGGGCACGGUGGCGAUCCUCGGCAACUGCGUCUGCCUCGCCUGCUGGUACCUGCUCCAGGGCAGGAUCGCCAGGAAGUACCCCUACGUCUACUCCUGCAACGCCUUCCUGUCCACCUUCAGCUUCCUCCAGGUCGCCGUCGUCGGCCUCUGCGUGAAGCGCAACCUCGCCGCCUGGAUCAUCACCAACAAGUUCCAGAUCCUCACCGUCCUCUACUCAGGCGUGGUGGCGACCGGCAUGUCCUUCGUGCUGCUGACGUGGUGCAUCCAGAAGCGGGGGGCUGUGUUCGUCGCUGCCUUCAUCCCGGUGUCGCAGGUCAUCGUCUGCAUCAUGGAUUUCACCGUCCUGCAUGAACCGCUCUACCUUGGAAGUGUGGUGGGAUCUGUGAUUGUGAUAGCUGGCCUGUAUCUUCUGCUGUGGGGCAAGAGGCAGGAGGCCUUGCAACAGCAUCCAAGAGUUGCUAAAGAUGACCAAGAACAACAGCAGCAGCAGCAAGUGCAGUCGCAGCCAUGACUGAAGAUUGAAAAACAGAGAUCCUCCAUUCGGUGAUCUGUUAACAUGUGCAGCA